AUGGCCCUCGUUUCCUAUCCAACUAUCCGAAUCAGUAUUACAUUUAGCUUGUGCGAGGUCCCGCGCCGGGUCCAGGCUCGGCAACCAACGACAAGCGGCAUUGCCGACUUGCAAUGGCAACUCGACUUUGGUUAUUGGGGCGAUCGUCCCAAGACCUUGUCUGGCGACGAAUGUGAAGAUAUUGGGCACCUCUUUGACGUUGUCGAUGACCUGGGAUGUGAUUACCACGACGUUUAUUCUCGUGAGGAUCCGUCUUUUGAGCCGUCGCGACCCAUUGAAGCCCAUUAUUGUUCAAUCAACAUCAGACAGGAAGGCUCUAACUUAUCCCAACUUUCCCCUCCCAUUUCAAUAGACCACUUUGUUGAAUGGCAACCACCCGAACUCUUCCUUUCGAUACCCGACUCUUUUUCGCAGGCCACUAGUGCUUAUGAGGCAGCCAGUCCGUCAGCAUCCAGCGUGUGCAAUCAAACAACCUCACAAUCCACAACACCAAGCCCUGCAUCAAGUGCGCCUCAGCUCAGCUGCGACUUUUGCGGGAAGCCGUUCAGCACCGUGGAUUAUCUUUGCAAUCACAUAAUCGUGGACCACGUUCAGUCAGCCCCAUUUCAUUGUGCAUCCAUCUCCGUCUUGAUUAUUGUUGUCGAUGCGGGCAUACGGGCCGGCGUGACAAACAUAUUCGUCACCUACUCUCAAACAACUGCAUCGGACACGGUCUCUAUCAAUGCGUUUGUGGCCAGCACGCAGUCGUCGAUAUCGAGCUACACAAAGACCAUAUUAGCAAUUGCAACAAGGGGAAGAAGGGAAGACCAAGGAAAUCGCCAAGUAGGAGUGACAAAAUAG